UCUCAAAAAAAAAAAAAACCCCACUUCUCUUUGUCUCUCAAUUUCGUCGUUUCUGAAAAUAUUAAGGAUUUCUUUUGCCUUUUCUUUCAUCGUAUUACUUUCUUCUUCUUUUUUUGCUACAAGAUCAACCUGGGAAACUUCGAACAGGUUUUUUUUUUUGUGUGUGUGUGUGUGUCAUCAUGAACAAGUUACACGACUGGCCUGAACCAGUAAUCCGAGUCCAAUCCUUGUCCGAAAGUGGCCUAAAAAGCAUUCCAGAAAGAUAUAUAAAACCAGCUACGGACAGACCUUCGUUAAACGUGGAAGAAGACCCUUCGAACAUGGAUGUAAAUAUUCCAAUAAUCGAUCUUACAGGCUUGUCGGAAGACGGAAACAAUCUGCCUCAAUCAACGAUGGAUCAAAUUUCAUUGGCUUGUCGGGAGUGGGGUUUUUUUCAGGUUGUGAACCAUGGAGUUUGCCCUGGAUUCAUGGAUCAAGUACGAGAAACUUGGCGUAGUUUUUUCCAUUUACCUAUGGAGAUGAAACAAGCUUAUGCUAACUCACCCAAGACUUAUGAAGGUUAUGGUAGCAGAUUAGGGAUUGAAAAAGGUGCCAUUCUUGAUUGGAGUGAUUAUUAUUAUCUUCACUAUCUUCCUUUAACUCUCAAAGACUAUAACAAAUGGCCUGCACCUCCUGAUUCUUGCAGGGAAGUAAUUGAUGAAUAUGGGAAGGAACUGGUGAAGUUGGGUGGGAGAAUAAUGAAGGUUUUAUCGAUAAGCCUUGGAUUAAAAGAGGACCGUCUCCAAAAUGCAUUCGGUGGAGACAACUUUGGGGCAUGUCUAAGGGUUAACUUUUAUCCCAAAUGUCCACAGCCUGAGUUGGCUCUUGGCUUGUCAUCCCACUCCGACCCCGGUGGUUUAACCCUUCUCUUAACCGACCAUCAAGUCCCCGGUCUUCAAGUCCGAAAAGACGACAAAUGGAUCACCGUUAAACCUGCCCCACAUGCAUUUAUCGUCAACAUCGGUGAUCAAAUACAGGUCCUAAGCAAUGCCAAUUACAAGAGUGUAGAGCACAGAGUGAUAGUAAAUUCGGACAUGGAAAGACUGUCAUUGGGGUUCUUUUACAAUCCAAAGAGCGAUAUACCCAUACAGCCAAUGGAAGAGCUCGUUUCAACAGAUAAACCGGCGUUGUAUUCACCAAUGACAUUCGAUGAAUAUCGACUUUUCAUCAGACUAAGAGGUCCCAAGGGCAAGUCUCAAAUUGAAUCACUACAUUCUCCUAGAUGAUUUUGGUUGAUAGACAAAUUUCAUCAGCUCUUCUAAUUAUUAUACUUGUGUUUUUAUUUUGGCCAUCCAAUAAUAAUUUAAUAAUAUUAGUAAUUAUUUAAUAAA